GAGAGAUGGAAGCAGAUUGAAUUAAGAUGGCGGCGUAGUUGGUUUAGUGGGGUUGGUGUUCGGUGCAAAUACUGUUAAAAAGCGGACAAAAAUCAAUCAAUAAAUAGAAUAAUGCCUGAACUAGGUGCCACGAAGGGACGUACCAUUCUGUGAUAAUGAAAAUUGGCAUGUAGGCGGUCGUUUCGGGUAGAAAUUCGCGUUUCAUUAACGAUUUCAGUCGCACCAGCCUGCAUCCCCCCGACCGUGUUCCUGUUUUUUUUUGUUUCGUUCAUGGACAACUGCGAUCGCCGCUAGUGAUUUGCACCUUAAGUGGCGGAUUUCAGGGAUCGGGAUCCGUAUUGUUUCGGUGUGUGGGUAAUGAGCGGUUGCGAUGGGCGCUCAGAAUACCAAGGAAAGAACAACCAUCACAUCGGGCACUCAUUCUAUUCGAACUGCAAGAAGUAGACCUAGACCUUCCAAAGAUGGACGACAAAUUGUUUCCAAUAUCUUCACAGAGCACAGCGAGGCUCUGUUGCAAAGUAGGCCUUUGCCACAUAUACCGAGCGUUCCGGAAACGGAACCGCCAGGCACUUUGAGCACCACCUGUACACUGGGUUCUGGUAAUACAAUCAGCACCCUCUCGGGUACCCAUGGAUCCGGUUCCGUGUCCACAUCGUUGCCGCUCGAAACUGCCAAUCGAUGGACUUCCAAAGAAAAUCUCCUCACCCAAGAAGAGGACGAUCCCCAACUAUUCGUCGCUCUCUACGAUUUUCAAGCGGGCGGAGAAAACCAACUCAGUUUGAAAAAAGGUGAACAAGUGCGAAUAUUGAGUUACAAUAAAAGUGGAGAAUGGUGCGAGGCGCAUUCGUCUUCGAAUAAGGUGGGCUGGGUGCCGUCAAAUUAUGUUACACCUGUGAAUUCGCUAGAGAAACAUUCAUGGUACCAUGGACCGAUAUCCCGAAAUGCCGCCGAAUAUUUGCUAUCUUCGGGUAUAAAUGGUAGCUUUCUUGUGCGAGAGUCUGAGAGCAGCCCUGGUCAGCGUAGUAUAUCUUUGAGAUACGAAGGUCGUGUCUAUCAUUAUCGGAUCAAUGAAGACGCUGAAGGAAAAGUGUUUGUAACGGCUGAGAGUAAAUUCAACACUCUCGCCGAAUUAGUGCACCACCAUUCGAUGCAAUCGGACGGCCUUAUUACGCAACUGCUGUAUCCGGCGCCGAAGCAUAACAAGCCCACGGUGUUUCCACUUAGUCCGGAACCUGAUGAAUGGGAAAUCAACAGGACUGAUAUUGUUAUGAGGCAUAAAUUGGGCGGCGGUCAGUAUGGGGAUGUAUACGAGGCGGUCUGGAAACGGUACAACAUGACAGUGGCCGUAAAGACGCUCAAGGAAGAUACCAUGGCUCUGAAGGAUUUCCUGGAGGAAGCAGCCAUUAUGAAGGAGAUGAAACAUCCUAACCUUGUGCAAUUGAUGGGCGUCUGUACAAGGGAACCUCCGUUUUAUAUAAUAACAGAAUUUAUGAGUAAAGGCAAUCUUCUAGAUUAUUUGAGAAAUGGGAACAAGAAUCAAAUAAACGCUGUGGUUCUUAUGUACAUGGCGACGCAAAUAGCGAGCGGUAUGAGCUAUUUGGAGAGCCGUUGCUUCAUCCACAGAGAUUUAGCCGCUAGAAAUUGCCUGGUCGCCGAUGACCACUUGGUGAAAGUUGCAGAUUUCGGUUUGGCCAGAUUAAUGAGGGAUGACACGUAUACGGCUCACGCCGGUGCCAAAUUCCCAAUUAAAUGGACCGCUCCUGAAGGACUGGCCUACAAUAAAUUCAGCACUAAAUCGGAUGUUUGGGCGUUCGGAAUUUUACUCUGGGAAAUUGCCACCUACGGCAUGUCUCCGUAUCCCGGUGUCGAUUUAACUGAUGUUUAUCACACGCUCGAAAAAGGUUACAGAAUGGAGUGCCCACAAGGUUGUCCCCCAAAGAUUUAUGAACUAAUGAAACAGUGCUGGCAGUGGAACGCGCACGAAAGGCCCACUUUCAAAGAAAUACAUCAUUCUCUCGAGAACAUGUUUCAAGAAUCCAGUAUCACAGAAGAAGUAGAAAAGCAAUUGCAAGUAUCGGAAACGUCUCCGGUGCCUAUGGGAACGCCUCAUCUUUCAUUUAAGAAAACACAUUCUGGUAGCACUGGCAAUUUGCACGGACUUAUUGGCAUUUCCGAUCAAACACCGACAGAAACUGUAAUAACAAAAUUGAGUACGUUCACGGGUGGAGCAAAGGGUAACGUGCAGAUGAGGAGACCUACAAACAGAAAAGGGAAGCAAGCGCCAGCGCCUCCCAAACGGACCAGCCUGCUCUCUUCUUGCAGUUCUUUCCGCGACAGUACAUUCGACGACCAAGGGCAAGCAGCGGAGGGACCCGAGGACGGAGAUUUAAAUGGUAUUAAUAAACGAUUCGAAGGCAUAACUAAAGAACUUCAAAAUUUAACUGCAAGUACAAAGGGUGAUAGCGAGAACGAGUUUCAAGAUCAGACGCCAGAUACGGAUGAUUCCGGGGCGCACUCGUAUCCCGAAAUGUCUGGAUCUGCAUUUGUUGUCCCUGGGACAGGUUCAUUCAAAAGGGCUCCCAUUAUGGGGAAUCGGGGUCUCGAGCAGAGGGGCAAAAAGUCUAAAACGUACCCCCUGAAAGAGUCGCAACAGAUACAGGUCGGAGCAUUAGAAGUGAAAAAUGUGAGGCAAGUAAUCAAUAGAUACGGAACAAUUCCUAAAGGCGCUAAGAUUGGGGCUUACUUUGAAUCAAUGAGGCAAUGCGGUGUGUUGAACAAUCAAGACCAACAACCAAACGAACACAAAGAAAGCUCGCAACGAUCGUUGUCACCGAGAACUAAUAUUAGAACUCAACCUCAAAUGAUCCGCAGCAACUCUUCCAGCGGCGUAACUGCGUCGUCCAUACUUCCUCAUCCGCCUAACAGCCCCACAGCUUCUAAGUUUAAUAGGAAUAGAAAUAUUGGUAGAAAUAAUACAACUGACUUAGGGGCAAGCUUGAGAACUUUUAAGGUUGCUCAAAAUCAAAGUAGUUUUCGAGGUGGAAGUCCUUCAAGAUCGAUUCAACCAACAUUGGCCGAUUUAGAGUUUCCACCGCCACCGACAGACUUACCUCCACCUCCAGAAGAAUUCGACGGACCUGUCGAUUCUGUGGAUGGAUUUACGAUGACAUCAUCGUUUGAAGUGAAGAAGAAACGUAUUACCAUAUCUCCAUUGACAUCAAAAAAAUUGGAUAAUGAAACGGAUGACAAUAAUGACGUUAGCAAUCUGCAGCCAUCAGUGGAAGAAGCCAGCUCCAGAUUUGGAGUGAGCUUAAGAAAACGCGAGCCUUCCUCUGAUAGUUGCAGCAGUAUAAAUAGAGAAGAGAAUAAAGAAAGGAGCCCCCAAAGAACCAGCCUCAGCCUAACUAGUCCUAGCAUCGAAGGCAAAAGCCCAAUGAGUAUAGAUUCUGAUGUCCCAACAGUGGGUUCUCCCUUAGAUUUACCACCGCCACCAUUUGCUGAAAUUGUAGAAGAAAAUAUUGAAGAUGAUUCUCAAGACAAUAAAACUAAACUGCUGAAGAGCAUAGUUAAGAAAGAAAUGGAACUGAAGUUAGUGACAGAGAUAAAGGAGAGAGCGGACCAAAAAACGAAAAAUCCGAAGGAGUCUCCUGAUACGAUUUUGGCUGUGAGUAGCAUUAAUCAUGAUCCCUUAAAUCAGCUGGUAUCUGAGUUAUCGGAGCAGCUUCAUCUCGAUAAGAAGAUUACUGCGAAGCCUCAGCCCGAAAGCAACGGUACGUUUGUACCUCAGCUUAAAAAAGUAGAAUGCAACAAGAAACCUGUACCCAAAGAUAAAAAUGAUUCGAUAGAUUCUGGAAUAAUAAUUGAUUUCAAAUCGCGGUUGCGAAAAGUGGAUAAUGGCAAUGAUAAAAAGCUCGAUGAUGACGACAAACAAGAACAAAACAAGAAUGUAAUUGAAGUAGACGAAGGUAGUUCUGACAGUGCAAAUCUAAAAAUUGAAGAGAGCGACGAUAAGCGCAAGAGCACGGGCAGCAUAAACAGUUUAAAAAAAUUGUGGGAGCCCAAGGAGAACUCCGAAACUAACAUGCAGUUGAGCCCAAAACUUAUUUUGAAGAAUAACAAGAACGAGGAUGGCGUUGAAAUUUCACCAAGCGAUUUGUCGGAAGAGUCUAUGAGAGUGAAAGUUGAGAGACGUGGCUGGCCUCCUGUGGUCACAGAUGAGAAACCUGUAAUACCAACGAAACCUUCAGUGAAAGCAGUAAAACCAGCAAUUCCGACUCGUUGCGCUUCCUCUGCCAUUUACGCCACUCCAAUCUCCAAUUCUGGCGGAGGCCCGAAUAAACCUCCGAUAUCUAUGAAACCCAUUAGUUUGGAAUGUAAGCCUACCGAAGGCGAUCAAAGGCCGCCGAGCAACGAGAACAAGUCUAGCAAAGAAAAUAUCCUGGAGAUAUCUCAAGAGCUCGAGUCCACCUUGAAUAGUAUUAAAUUGAAUUCGACUGUCCCAACGACGACCUGGCAUCAACUUUCUGACAAAAUCGAAUUUUUUCAUAGAUUCUGCAUGGACCAUGCUGACAAUGUAGUUCCUGCACACACCAAGUUUCAGUUUCGUGAACUCCUUACUAGACUGGAAACUCAAGCGCAACAGUUGCGCACGGCCGGAUCCAGAAACACUUCCGACAACUCCAAGUGUAUCAACGAAGUCAACAAUACUAUCAAAGAUGUUGUCAAUGUUCUCAAUCGAUAAGCUGUUUAGUUCAGUUUGCAUUGUAAUCCCCUGAACGGUUUUAUAUACUCCUUUAUAGUUUCUACUUGUUUGUGUACCAUAAACAUAGGGACUCCGAGAAAUUAAUAUAGAAAUAAUGUAAUCAUCUUUUACUUUGAAGUAUAUAUAUAUAUAAACAAAUUAAAAGUUGAUACAUGUUGCACUAUUAUUAUACAUAUAUUAAUGUACGGAGAGAGUUUAUGGGAUUGUUGCAUUGUACAUUUGCAAUGCGAUGCAAUUUGGAUGAUUGUGAAGUAAUCAAAUCGGCAUUUUAUUUGCUUUGUAUACCAUUGAACGGUAGCCUGUAUUAAAAAAAAUGAAAAUAUUAGCAAGGAUGAAAGUAUCCUGCCAGCAUUGAUAUUUA